AUGGCGGCAAAAUGGCAUAUUCGACCCAAUGCAACAGAUGAUUUUGUUGGGCAGAGAUACGGUGCGGUCAAUGCAGGUGAUAUCAAAGACAGAGCCCCUAUUUUCUUAUAUCUCCACGGCAUGGCAUUUAAUAGGGCUUAUCCGCACCGAGUUGAAGUAUACAAACUCUUAUCUCGCCUCGGAUAUCACGUCAUGACUAUUGAUUAUAGGGGUUUUGGAAACUCAGGUGGUUCGCCGCAGGGUGAAGCAGACAUUGUCGCAGACGCUAUCUCCCUCCUGCGCUACGCCCGUAGUGUGGCACCCCACUCGCCCGUAUUUGUCUGGGGCAGCUCUCUUGGAACUGGGAUUGCAGGAUCGAUGGUGAGGGUAAUCAACGAGACGGGUGGUGUUCGUCCACCGGAGGGAAUUGUGCUGGAUGCGCCCUUUACCAACAUGCUGGCUGCUGCAUACCACUCACCGCAGGGCAAGGUCAUGAGAGUUGUUGUGGCUCUGAGGCAUCUUCUAAAGCAUAUCUUCGACUCCUUGAAUAUCGCCUACGACUCCGAAACAAACUUCCAACUGGCGAAAUGCCCCAUUCUCAUUCUACAUUCCGCUGACGAUGGGGUUGUACCCAUUCAACUUGGUCACACGCUGUCCAACGUUGACAUUUGGUGA